AUGGACACCACCACCACACAGCAAGAGGAUCAGCCUGCCAAACAGCCGAGGCGUGUCUUACAGAAAGGUUUUACUGCUGCGUAUCCAACACAGUCUUCCAUUCCUUCUAAAGUCCAAUUUGCAGUACCUCCUGAAACAGAGAAGAAAGGAUUUAAUGUGAAAGCAAAGAGAUUUUAUCACAAAAAGGAUGACAGCCCGGGUCCUGGGUUCUACAAUGUCAUCCACCAGUCUCCUGUCUCCAACAGUGUCUCGCUGUCCAAGAAAGGCACAUGCGCUUUUCCUUCCAUGUGUGCCAGGCUGAAGACCAUUAUUUCUAAGUAUCCUGCAGCAAAUGCAUACACCCUCCCGUCAGAGUUUGUAUCGAAGAAAGACUUCAGCACUUCUUGCUCUAGCAUGUUCCAACUGCCAAGCUUCAUGAAAGCGCUCAAAUUUGAAACUCCUGCACCAAACUACUAUAAUGCCUCCAUCGCCUGCUGCAGGCAGAAAAACAAUGUCUCUGCCCGGGCGGGGUUUAUGUCAAAAACACCAAGAGAAUUUUUCCACAUUGCUAGACGGGCACCUGCCCCAGGGCAUUACAAUGUCAACGAGUCCCUUGUGAAGCAGUCGCCCAAGACUUUAAUGUCUUGUUUCAAAUCGAAAACCGAUCGUGGAGUCAAGCUGCACACCUCAGGCCCGGGGCCUGGCUAUUACAACCUGAAUGAGCACACCAAAGUUCUGAAAAAAGCCCAGAUUCCGCGGAAUCCCAUCCUGAACUUCUCAGCGCAGCCUCUGCCUCUGCCCCCGAAGCCGCCUCUCCCAGGCCCUGGUCAGUACGAUAUCGUGGACUAUGAAGGCCCUGCCAAGCAGUAUAUCUCCAGUGCAUCAUUCGUGUCCAACACCAGCCGGUGGACAGAGAUGCGGUCCCAGUCAGGCAUGCCUGGCCCAGCCACGUACAAGCCGCAGCUCCCAGGGAAGCAGUCUUUCCUCUAUAACGAGGACAACAAAUGGAUUCCAGCUGUGUAGCGUUGCAGCCCCCAGACCCUGGCCCCUGCUCCCCAGGACUUUCUGCAGGAGAGUGUGGCCGCUUGCCCACCCGCCAACCCCCACCCAGCCUCGUCCUGACCUGCCUCCCAGAGGCUACACCCAUCCUUGUCUAUGGCCAAGGCUCUGGGUGAGUCCCCUCCGCAGUCUUGAGAGGCUGCUGAAAUGCAGACUUGGAGCAGAGCUCCCAUCUAUCACAAAGACCACCAGUGGCAGAAUCCCUGUCUAGAAACCUAAGGCCUGGUAGAAGAUCUGGGGCCUCGAGUAUGCCCCCCCCCGCAAGUGCCCCACCCAUCUGUCCUGAUGCCCACACUCUUCGAUUUCCAAGAGCCAGCAAGUUCCAGGGGUGGCUGUGACAGAGACAUGGAGUAUUGCCCGGGCCCCUUGCCCCCAGCCAAGCCUCAGUCUUCACCUGG